UCCUCCUCUUCCACAGCUGUUGCUGCUGCCACCCAGCGAGCGCCACUUUCCUCGGGCAGCAGACAGACGAUCCAGAGGCUGGGGAGUCAGUAGAGACACAGCUCAGACUCAGCCCAGCUUUACCCAGCUAAAGCACAGCCACUUCAAGAGGCAGGGGAGGGGAGACACUAGCGCACACAGCCAACGCUGCAACGCACCCAUACACAAUCAUACGGACAAACACUCCUCCUCUCUCUCUCUUCCUCCCUCUCUCUCUCUCUCUCACUCCGGUGCUCGACUCUGCACAGCUCCUCUACUCAUUCGCUGCUGAUUCACUCGCUCACUUGCUUGCCUCUCCUAUGCCAGUCGCUCUGCCUUGCUGCGCUCUGCCUGCCUGCCUGAGAAUGGUCCAGCCGGUGCCUGGGGGUCUGCUGUCGCGGCCUGUCUGAACACACGCGUAAACACAGAGUCAAUCGACAGGCGGAAGCACACAACACACAAAACUGGAGAGCAAUGUGAGAGAGGGGGAGUAACUAAGAGAGAGGAAGAAAGUUGAAGAAGGAAAAGAGGGGCAAGAACGAAAGGAGACCCAGUAAAUGGAGGAAUUUUACAUACCUAUGUUGGUCUGGAGUGAAAAGGAAGUGCCUUCCCUGAUGUCUGCUGCAGCUUUGACCUGCUUCUACAGCUGAAGCUCCACCCUCCCUCCCCCCCUGCCUCGCUCGCUUGCUGCCACAGUAACAGGAGUACAAGGACAGCGACCACACCCUCCUUGCAGCCUACGCUCCGACCUGCUCGUCCAUCCACCACCAUCACCAUCCACUCCUUUCCAGACGGCCCUGCUGCCAACUGCUCUCGACCGACUGACCAGCCUUACCCUAGCAGCCCUACACACCACCAGGCCCGCACAGCAUCUCACCCACCCUGCCUUUAACCUUCGCCUUCAACCCUCUAAGCCUCCACUUGGUCCUCAGUGUCCUUAACCUUCCUGUUGCAGGCUAAUCCCAGACUAUCACCUUUGUUGCCUGCUUCAGUGCACCUAACUAGAGGACUGUGUUCAUCUGUUGCCUCUUUGGCUUGUGAAUGUUGCAGAAGAAAGCUGCUCAGCAAGAGAAAAUCUAAACCAAGAGCAAAUUAAAUUUAGGACAGAGUCAUCUGCAGGAUAUGAACAGUUCCUCUGUGGUUGAUUGUUUAGGAUUAUUAUUCAUUCAUAUUCACAGCAAAACAUCACUCUGCAACAUUUCACGUUGGAAAAGGAGCCCUCUCAAUCUGUAGGAACUUUAUUUGAAUGUUUCAUUUCAACGCUGCAUCCACAGAUCUCAGACUUAAACAUCAGAUAAACAAAAAAAACACCUUAAGGUUGUGGAUUUAAAACUUUGAGGUUUUUGAACAGAUUUCACCUCGGAUUACUUUUCUCCUACGAGUUGCCAUGGCAAUGAACAUAGCACAUAUUCGUGACACAAAGUGGCUGACACUCGAGGUAUGCAGGGAGUUCCAGAGGGGCACUUGCUCUCGCUCUGACCAGGAGUGCAAGUUUGCUCAUCCAGCCAAGAGCUGUCAGAUCGACAACGGACGGGUCAUUGCUUGCUUCGACUCACUCAAGGGCCGUUGCUCCAGGGAGAACUGCAAGUACCUGCACCCUCCACCCCACCUCAAGACCCAGCUUGAGAUCAAUGGCAGGAAUAAUCUGAUUCAGCAGAAGAACAUGGCCAUGCUGGCCCAGCAGAUGCAGCUCGCCAAUGCCAUUAUGCCCGGCACACAGCUACCACCUAUGGUGAGGGGACACACACGUAUGAACACACCACAGCUUCUGCCAAUGCCCAUGUUCUCAGUGACGCCAGGCCUGGCCACCAACGCCAGUGCAGCAGCAGCUGCAGCCGCUGCCUUUAAUCCCUACCUGAGCCCUGUUUCACCCGGCCUGAUGCCCCCAGAGAUCCUGCCCAGCACCCCCGUCCUCAUGGCCUCCAGCCCCACCGUCAGCCAAGUCCCCAACGCUGCUGCUGCUGCAGCCCAGAAACUGCUGAGAACAGACAGACUUGAGGUGUGCCGGGAAUAUCAGAGGGGCAACUGCUCUCGGGGGGAGAACGACUGCCGCUUCGCCCACCCAGCAGACAGCACCAUGAUCGACAACAACGACAACACCGUCACCGUGUGCAUGGACUACAUCAAGGGUCGUUGCUCUCGGGAAAAGUGCAAGUACUUCCACCCACCGGCCCACCUGCAGGCUAAAAUUAAGGCAACGCAGCACCAGGUGAACCAGGCCACAGCCGCAGCAGCCAUGACUCAGUCGGCUGUCAAAUCACUGAAGCGACCCCUCGACGCAACCUUUGACCUGGGCAUCGCCCCUAGUGUCAUGGCUCCUCUGCCCAAGCGGGCAGCCCUGGAGAAGGCCAACGGGGCCUCUGCCAUGUUUAACACCGGCAUGCUCCAAUACCAACAGGCCCUGGCCAGCAUGCAGUUUCAGCAGCAGGCUGCUUUCCUCCCAUCAGGCUCAAUAUUGUGCAUGACACCUGCAGCCAGCGUUGUUCCCAUGAUGCACGGUGGUACCCCAGCCACUGUGUCUGCAGCCACCACAUCUGCCACAAGCGUUCCCUUCGCAACUGCCUCCACCAAUCAGGACUCUUCCUUAUCAAAGUUGACUACCAACGAAUACAUGCAAUUGAUUCCAAUAAUAUCUGCAGAUCAUCUGAGUAGUCACAAGUACUUGACUCAAAUGUAGUUCCUCUCAAGAACAAUCAAAUGAAUGUGUGCUGGCACCGUCCAAGCCAAAAGAGUUCAGCCUUUAUGUACAUAACCUUCAGAAUGUCAAGCAGCGGGAGGAAGAGGAGGGUCUGCCAUCUCUCAGCCGGUCCACGCCGAUGGUCUCAUCACACGAGUCAACAUUAAGGGUGCAACACAUGAUCUGUGCCAUCUUCCCACAUAUCAACAUCAAGAAGAAUUUGUUGUCAACGUCCAGCUGAGAAAAGAGGAUGCCUUGGUGUGGCAGUCAGUGUGUGAAACAUUACACCUCUGUGUCUGUCUGAAGCAUAGCACUCAAUAAGUCCUAAUUAUUCUCAUUACUGCACGCACAGAAGGUCAAGAGCAGGGUUGCACACAGCAACAUCCAGUGCUGGUACGUUAGUAGACCAAGAUUUUUUUUUUCCUUUUUUAUUUGUUCUGCUUUAUUAUUUUUUAAUUGAUAGCCAUAUUUCAUAGUUUACAAAUGAAAUGCAAAGUGCACCUUGAAUUUAAAUUCACAACUGAAAGGCACAAUGAUUUUAACAGGAAUUUUAUCCGCCAAAAGAAUUAGGCAUGUACAGUAUUGUGUUUUUACGGCUACUAGUGAAACUAGAUGUUGAAAUGAGGGUCUUGGACAUAUGAAUGUUCUGGGUAAACCAACAUACCUGUGUUCCUUGAAAGCACAGCCAGGCUAGCUUUUUUUCUCAUCUUGUCAUGUGCCAUCAAGGCCAUACAGCUAAAACCAGAGUGUUAUCUCAGCAGUGUUAUUUGUUUACUGAAGGUUCAAGUUUUGUAUGGCUCUUUUUGUACUGUUUUGUUUCAGAAUCUCCAUUGUGAGUGUUUUUUUUUUUAACUCUUUAUUUCUCUAAUCAGUUUAGAAGUGGGUUUUUGCCUUUUUAAUGUUUUUUUUGUUCUUUGAAAUCAAAAAUGGAGGUUUUUCUAAAGUUUGUCAUACCUCUUUUCAUAGACUAGUGUUUUUGUUUGUUGGGAUUAAGAAAGUCCGUUGACUCUAAAGCCUGGUAGAGGGUGCAGCUUUGAUUAUGUGACAGUGUGUUACCGCGUUCCCCCUCUUUUAAAGAGGAGCGACUCUCAAACUGUGUCUCCAAGAAGCACUGUUGAGCCUCGCAUUUGGGAAUUGAAAACGACUGGCCCAAAGGUCUAAUAGGUCAUUUAAACCACAUGUGCACUUGAAUGAUUGUUCGUCUGCCCACCCUGUUUUACAUUCACAAGCCAUCCUGACUGAACUUCAAAUUUUGAGGAGACAACACAUUAUUUGUGAGUGUUUCCAAGCAAAAAUAGAGGUCUUCAUUCACUCGUGUGUCUAACAGAAACCAAAGCACACCUUCCUCCCAGUUAUGUUCACAAACUCUUACAGCAGCAUCUCUCAACAGGCUUCAACAAUUAAGGAAACAUGUUUAUCAUCUUACAUUCAUGUGUCCAUUUUAAGAUCACUUCUUUUUUCUGUUCUCACAAAGGUGUGUAGUAUGUCUUUACCGAUUGUAAUGUACCUAACAAAGCCUUAGAUUACGAUUAAUGGGUGUCAGCCCAAUCAAUGUACUUUCAAUCACCAUGCAGGUAAAGAACACCAAUGAUGUUUUAUAGGUCUCUCACAUGUCGCUUAUGAUCUUUUUCGUUCUUUCUCUCUAUGUAAAAGUAACAAUUACUCUUAAAUUUCAUGUGUUAUGUACUACUUAAGGAUUUGAAUCUAUUUGAGGUAUGUAGUUGUAGAUUUUUCUUUAUUUUGCCUUACUAUAUAUUACUUGACAACAAUGAUAUAGCCGUUGUAGAUUUUGAGGUAGUAUGACAUUCAUAACUUUUUCAAACCAUAUAAAUGAUAAUGUGUUGAGUCAGUUUUAAAUAUUCACUUCAUUCAUAUAGCUGGAUGUCUUUUUCAGUUCAUGUUACAUUAUGCGUUAAUUUUGUUGAUGAAAGAGUUCGUUUUUGAUACAAGGAAGAAGAUCGUUUAAUAUGCUGCCACAGCAGCAUGAUGGAGGAGACAAAAAAGAACUAAUGUUUUAACCAACUUAAAGUUUCCUUGUAACACGUCGAGAUCAUGUUUGAAAAUAUAUUGUAUGAGAUAUAGAUUGCCAUGUUUUAGAGUAAAAAUUAUUUUCUACUGUAUCCAUUUCAAAAAGAUAUGUACUUUUUUUUGAAUAUUUCUUAAGUUUGCCCUGAAUGUCAGGCCAAAACGAGCAGUGAGAUUGACGGGUGUUUGGAUGUUUAGUGAGAUUAGGAGCGAGGAAGCAAAGACUUGUCCGAUAGGAUGAGUCUGAAAUGCUGCAGACAUGAGUUCUAACCUAAGGGACGAAGGUUGACUUUUUGCACUUCUGUAUAUAGUCAAAUGAACAGAGAAAAAAUGUGUAUCAUAUUGAGAUAUUAUUUUGAAUAAAAAAAGAUCUAUAAUUAUAAGGAAUUUUGCUAGAUUAAUUUAAAUUCUUAAAUUAGACCAGCUAAAAAAAUCGCUUGCAAAGAAGGGCACUAGUUUAUUGGCCAAUGCAUUCAGAGAAAGCUAUGCGCUUUUUGUGUUAUUUUCAGUGGCUAGUUUUGCCAGGGAAUGUCGCAGGGGAGUAGCUAUCCCCUUGUCAUGCUAACUUCACCCCUCCUGUAGGAUUACACAUCCAGUGAUAUCCAUUUCUCAUUGGUUGGACUUGGUCAUGCAGUAUUGCAGCUCCCAUGGUACAGGUGAUACAUACAACUAUCAGAGUUAUAUUCUAUUAUAGUUUGAUUUGACUGCAUGUAAAAGUACAAACAAAAGAUACUGCGUAGAUAUGUAAAGAAAGAUAACACAUUCAGAAUACACCUUAUUUUUUAUCAAGUAUACAUACAGUAGAUAACAUCCACAGUGGGGAGAAAUAAUACUUCAGAAACAAGUCAUCUUACUCUUAUGUGAAAAGAUCCAAGCAAAUAUGUUAUUUAAAGAAUUCUAUAUUAGCACUCAUCCACCCCAGAUACUUUCUCAUAGCCAUAUAAUAACACUGACUCACAGGAAUAUGUUGUUGCUCUCAUAUCUGUGCUCUCAGCAGGCGAAGGCUCAACACACCAAAUGCUUAUUUGGCAAAUUUAGUCUUUUGAAAUGAAUGUAACAGUCACCGUUCAACAUGUUUGUGACUCAAGGCUGCUGUUAAGUCGCUACAGAACCAAAGCACCAUUUUUCUCCGAACCAGAUUGUCAGUCUGUCGGCUGAAACUCUCUCUUCCCUGCUGAGGGCACAUAAACGAUUUCGACUGCUUUUUACUCAAGUACAGUGCACCCACCAGUUAUGUAUUUGCUAACAGUUGCCACACAAUAAUGUAAUAUUCUGACUUCAGAUUUGUUUAUGCACAUUUUAUUGUUGCCAUAAUUGACUCUUGCUGUAUGGAUGAAAAAAUCUGAAUAAAACAAUAUUUGAUUUGCUCAUGCAA